UUUGAUCCAUCUUCCACAAAUAAUGGCAGGACAAGAUUGAUUAGAACCAUCCUAGAAAUUCGAAGUAAAGUAAGUACAAGGAUUCAAGAGCUACGGAAAAAUCUUCCAAUGAAGUUGCUGUUUUUCUUGGUAGGGUUUUAUUGCGCCACUGCAUUUGCUACUGUCAUUGGGCAGACAGGUGAUUGGGACAUUCUCUCUGCUGCCCUGGCUGCAGUUGUGGUGGAGGGGAUAGGAGCCCUCAUGUAUAAGGCUUCCAUUCGUGUAGUUGGCAAGGUUAGGAGUCUGAUCAUUAUGUUUAAUUAUUGGAAGGCUGGGCUUACUCUUGGCCUUUUCUUGGAUUCAUUCAAGUAUGAAAUGGAUAACUUUAUGGGAUCAAGUAACCUCUUAGAUAUUGAAAUAGAUAUCUUCCCAACAUUCUUUUAGCAUGCAACUCUUUUUAUAUAAUCUCUACCAUAUUUCACGUACAGUAUCAUUAAGUGAUUGGCAUGUUUUGAUGUGGAUUCAAGCCCUUGAUAGUAAAUGAUGGUCUUGGCAACAGCAAAGUGUUGAAGCAAAGACCAAGCUACUCUAGUCAUACUCAGGUAUUCGGGACAAAAGGUUUGGGUUUGUAUGGUGGAUUUAUAUCUAAUUGGAGUGAUGACUCCAUGCUCCAUGCUUCAACUUCUGCAUGCAUGUUUAAUUGAUU